UCGGAAAAUUUUUCUGUAAGGUUAAAAGCAGAUGGGUUUUGUCCGAAAAGUAAACAUUGGUUUAGUGACAUCAUUCUAUUGAUAAAUAUCUAAUAGUUUAUUUAUUUUCCUAAAUUUGAUAACCCUUUAUAGUGCCAAUUAUUCUUAAAACUAUACUCCACUCCCAUAACAAUCCAAUUUUUACGAUGGAACCAUAUUUACCUGGCACUGCAAGUUUAAUUGAAGUUCUUGAUAAGAAAUUGAUGGUUUUACUUCGUGAUGGUCGCACGCUUAUUGGUUAUCUUAGAAGCAUCGAUCAAUUUGCCAAUUUAGUCUUACAUCGAACAAUCGAACGAAUUCAUGUGGAUAAGAAAUUUGGUGACAUUGAUAUUGGAGUCAUCAUCAUAAGAGGUGAAAAUGUUGUCUUGUGUGGAGAAAUUGAUGCUGAAAGGGAAGCAAACAGUAAGCUUGAAAGAGUAUCGGUUGAUGAAAUUUUUGAACUUCAACGAAACGAGCUCGUUAAUAAGAUGGAGAAAGAAAAAUUGAAAAUGAAAGAGGGAUUCUCGUUAGGAAAUUGCUUGGACUUCCUCGAUGAUUACUAAUGGCUUUUAGGAAUUUAUCAAUUUUAGCUGUUGGUCUGUUUUGAAUUCAUCAUCUACUUUUGUUCAUUUUGUAUGCUUUGUUGUCAACAAAAUUCACCUUCAUCUCAUCAUUCUUUAACCAAAUUUCAACUAUGGCAUUUUAACUAAUGUCUGAUUUUUUUGACUAUGCGAAAUAAAAUAUUUUUAUGUUCGACAA